GGUUACAAUAACCUAACACAACCGCAAAUGUGAUUGUGACACGUUAAGCAAGCUGACGUAUAUAUUCGGUGUUCCAUGAAAUUAUUUACCAGCAAAUAAAUAAUUAGGAAUACGUUUGGCACAAAACAGAAUACCUAACCUGGCUCACUAUUCCUAUGCAACUAUGUUGACGAAAUUUGAGUCGAAGUCUGCCAGAGUAAAAGGCUUAUCGUUUCACCCCAAAAGACCGUGGAUAUUAACAAGCUUGCAUAAUGGGGUGAUUCAGUUGUGGGAUUAUCGCAUGUGCACACUUUUGGAGAAAUUCGACGAGCACGAUGGGCCAGUUCGUGGGAUCUGUUUCCAUAACCAGCAACCCCUCUUCGUGUCUGGAGGAGACGACUAUAAGAUCAAGGUUUGGAACUAUAAACAAAAACGUUGCAUAUUCACUUUACUGGGCCACUUAGACUACAUUCGAACCACUUUAUUCCAUCACGAAUACCCAUGGAUUGUGUCUGCGUCAGACGAUCAGACAAUUCGCAUUUGGAAUUGGCAAGGGCGCGCUUGCAUUUGCGUACUGACCGGCCACAACCAUUACGUAAUGUGCGUAAUGUUCCACCCCACGGAAGAUCUUCUGGUUUCGGCGUCGCUCGAUCAAACUGUGAGAGUUUGGGACAUAUCGGGAUUGAGAAAGAAGAACGUCGCUCCCGGUCCUGGUGGCUUGGAUGAUCAUUUGAAGAACCCCGGCACGACUGAUCUAUUCGGACAAGCCGACGCGGUCGUGAAGCAUGUGCUUGAGGGUCACGAUCGAGGUGUAAAUUGGGCUUGUUUCCAUCCCACUCUACCGCUGAUUAUGUCUGGAGCUGACGACCGUCAAGUAAAACUGUGGAGAAUGAACGAAUCAAAGGCUUGGGAGGUCGAUACCUGUCGCGGCCAUUACAAUAAUGUAUCUUGCGUGCUGUUUCACCCAAGACAAGAGUUGCUACUUUCCAACAGUGAGGAUAAAAGCAUCCGCGUUUGGGACAUGACCAAACGUACAUGCCUCCACACAUUUAGGCGAGAGCAUGACCGAUUCUGGGUCUUAACAGCGCAUCCUACACUUAAUUUGUUUGCGGCAGGACACGAUAACGGCAUGAUUAUAUUCAAGUUGGAACGCGAGAGACCUGCCUACACGGUCCACGGUAAUUACUUAUACUACGUCAAAGAGAAGCAUCUACGCAAAUUGGAUUUUACAACUUCAAAAGACGUGCCUGUUAUACAAAUUCGCGGAGGGGGCAAGACGCCCGUUUACGGAGUAUCCUUUAAUCCCGCAGAAAACGCCGUGCUACUUUGCACCCGUUCCGCUAACCUCGAGAACAGCACCUAUGACUUGUACGUCAUCCCCAAGGAACAGGAACGCGAAGUACUGGAAGUUGAUAGUAAACGAUCCGCCGGUAUUACCGCCCUGUGGGUGGCUCGAAAUAGGUUUGCUGUACUGGACCGAACAUGUCAGCUGGUAAUCAAAAACUUGAAAAAUGAGGUGACAAAGAAGGUGCAAACCCCACCGUGCGAUGAAGUAUUUUACGCCGGCACCGGUAUGUUGCUGUUGCGCGAUACCGAUCAUGUUACUCUAUUCGAUGUUCAACAAAAACGCACGUUAGCCCAAGUAAAAAUCACAAAAUGCCGUUAUGUGGUUUGGUCUAGCGAUAUGGUCUACCUGGCACUCCUAGCCAAACACUCCGUAACCAUCUGCAACAGAAAACUAGAAGUUUUGUGUAGCAUUCACGAAAGCACCCGUGUUAAAUCGGGCGCGUGGGAUGAUGGGGGAUUAUUCAUUUACACCACUAGUAACCACAUUAAAUACACUAUUGUGAAUGGCGAUCACGGCAUUAUUAGAACUUUGGACUUGCCCAUUUAUAUAACAAAGGUGAAAGGCGACUUCGUAUUCUGUUUGGAUCGUGAAUGUAGACCGCGGAUGCUAACCAUCGAUUCUACCGAAUUUAAAUUCAAAUUAGCUCUAAUUCAGCACAAAUACGAAGAGGUCCUUCAUAUGGUUAGGAACUCGCGGUUAGUCGGUCAGGCGGUCAUUUUCUAUUUGCAACAAAAAGGUUACCCCGAGGUGGCGUUGCACUAUGUGAAAGACGAGAAGACUCGUUUUGCCCUUGCUUUAGAAUGUGGAAACAUCGAGGUCGCUCUGGAUGCAGCGAAGGCAUUAAACGAUCGCGCUUGCUGGUUCCAAUUGGCAGACGCCGCGCUUAUGCAUGGUAACCACCAAAUCGUCGAGAUGUGUUACCAAAGAACCAAGAGUUUUGAUAAACUUUCGUUCUUAUAUUUAAUUACCGGAAAUUUAGAAAAGUUGCAUAAGAUGAUGAAGAUUGCCGAAGUCCGUAGUCAGAGAUCAUCCCAGUUUCAAGGCGCCUUACUACUUGGCGAUGUGGACGAGAUCAUAGAAAUUCAAAAGAAGUCCAAGUUAUAUAAUAUAGCGUACUUAACCGCAAAGACGUUUGGCUUCGACGAUGUAGCCGAACAAAUACGAUCUUCUGAAGAUGAGGAUAAGGAGUGGUGUGUUCCGGACGCAAAUGCUAAGUAUUUGAGACCACCUCCACCCAUUCAACAAGCUGAAAACAACUGGCCUCUGUUGACCGUCAGUAGGACCUUCUUUGAAAAUAUUGCCCUUUCACGUAAGACCGCAGCCACUGUCAGUGCCUUCAUACCAGAUGCUUCAAUCGAACCAAGCAUGGAAGUUGAAGGUGGGUGGGUGGACGAAGAAGAGGACUUGGUGGAAGGAGAGCUCGCAACAAAGAAAGCUGAUCAGGGAGACGGUGAAGGCGGAUGGGAUGUUGAAGAUGGCGAUCUAGAAAUUCCGGAUUUGGGUCCUAGUAAAGGUGAAGUGGAUAGUAGUGUGGGAUACGUACAUUUGCCGACAUACGCGCAACCUCCAACAUUUACAUGGACAAAGAAUUCUCACUUACCAGUCGACCACGUAAUGGCGGGAUCACUUGAAUCGGCUUGUCGUCUCCUUCAUGACCAAAUUGGCGUUGUGAAUUUUGCACCAUACGAAACCCUUUUCAUGUACUUGUACAGUAGUUCCAGAACAAUAUCUACGUGGCAGCAAAGCCUUCCGUCAACUUACAGCUACCCUCUACGUAAUUGGAAGGAUGCCAAUAACAAGGGUGGUUUACCGGUUGCAGGGAUCAAACUUUCAGACUUGGUCCAAAGACUCCAGGUUUGCUAUCAAUUGACUACUGGCGGAAAGUUUGCGGAGGCAGUGGAGAAAUUACAGGCAUUAAUACUACUCGUCACUCUUCUCGUUGUCGAUACUAAACAAGAAGUGUCCGAAGCUCAGCAGUUGCUGAAGAUAUGCCGAGAGUACAUUUUAGGCUUAAAAAUGGAAACGCUGCGAAAAAGUCUUCCAAAGGGAACAAUCGACGAACAAAAACGUCAAUGCGAGAUGGCGGCAUAUUUCACGCAUUGCAACUUGCAACCGAUUCAUCAAAUCUUAACAUUGCGUACUGCCUUGAAUAUGUUCUUCAAAGUGAAGAACUACAAGACCGCUGCUUCGUUCGCCAAGCGAUUAUUAGAACUAGGUCCCAGACAAGAAGUUUCUCAGCAGGCACGUAAAAUACUGCAAGCGUGCGAUACGAAUCCGGUCGAUGAACUACAGUUGGCUUAUGACGAACACAAUCCCUUUAAUUUAUGCAGCUCGUCCUACAAACCCCUUUACAGAGGAAAAUCCGAAGAGAAAUGUCCGCUGUGUGGUGCAUGUUACUUCCCACAAUUCAAGGGGACGAUAUGUAAUGUUUGUGGUGUUGCUGAAAUUGGAAAAGAUGCGAUGGGCUUAAGAAUUAGUGCUCAUCAAUUUAGGUAAAUUGGAUCUUAAAAUUUUUAUGUGUUUAAUUAAACUGUGGUAUCUGUACAUUUUAUCGAUUUCAUUGAUUACAAGCAUAGCAUCACACACCUUGCGUUGCCGUACUAAAAGGACUUACAGUGCAUAAAGUAAGGGGUUGUGCAUUACAUUUAUGAUUGUUAAAAAAAUAUCAGUUUUGGUCAUCAAGGCAUUCCAUCUUUUACAACAAAGAUACCAAAUUUGUAUUUAUAUGAUUACAUAAUAUAUCUUUUGUAUUAUAAAUUAUUGUA